AUGCACGAAGCAUGCCCCGUUAGUCGACAAAUUGUCAACGCCGCUGUAGAACGCCACUGCGGUGAUGUCCUACCAUGGUGCUUGAAGGUCAGAUGGCACAUCCAGCGGGCGACGCGCGGCGUCUCCCCGUAUCGCCAUACCGCACAAACAAACCACCGACUUACCCGAAUGCGCGCUGCCGACCUCGACACACCAUCGAAGAAGGGAAGCGAGAGGGGGACGGACCCGCGCCUUCCCGAGCGUCAGUGCACGACACUAGGAAGCAUCGAGCACUUAGCCCGAGUCACGUUUGCGUCGAACGGCAAGAGCACAAGGGCUCAUAUGAGCAAAUCGCUCGGGAUGAGCAUAAGCUCGGAGAGCGCGUCCGGCUCAUAA